UAUUGAUACUUUAAAUGCUCCCCAUGGAAGAACGUUAGAUGUUGAUCUGAAAUCGAAACUAAAUCGAGGUCGCCGGAUCAUAGUUAAUGGAAUGACCAAUAACAAGAAACCAGCAUUUAGUUGGGUUAAAAAUGGUGAAGGUAAAGAUUACGACUACUCUCAAGAUCAUUUAUAUGUCAAAGUUCCAUCAUCGGCUACCAAUGGUGAAUUAGCAAUAGUUGAAGAUACAUUGAAACCAGGAUUCUUUUUAGCUCGGCAUCAUCAUAAAAAGAUGACAGAAAUAUUUUUUGUUGUUGAAGGUCAAGUACAAUUUAUAUUUGAUGGUAAGACAAUAACAACAGAUAAAGGUGAUACAAUUUCAGUGCCACCAAAUACAUGGCAUGCAGCUAAAUCAACUAAUGGUGGUAAAAUGUUAACAAUAUUUAAAAAUGGACGAUUUGAUGUUUAUUUAGAAAGAUUAUCAAAAAUGACUAAAGCUGACUUUAAAAAUAAGAAAUUAAUGAAACGUGUGUCACAUGAGUUUGAUAUUUACAACGAAUAG